AUGGACCUCCACCUCGUCUGCUCCCACACGCAGUUCUACGCCAAGCCGAUUCCGCCUUUCUUAUUAGAGCCGUCCUUUUGGACCCAGAAUCUAUCUUGCAGAGACGGUUGUGACUGCUCCGACAACCCUUCAAACUCGUGCUCACGUCGCACGCUCUGGAAGUCCGCCGUGGGGUUCCUAUAUUCCUAUCGCGCUCUGAUACGACUUGAAAGUGACUUCCGCCUCGCGCAGGAUAACUACUUGUUACCAGAACGUAUCGAAUGGGCAGAUUGGAAACGCUUCGUCGCAAACCUCAACACCACACACACAGAUGGCCAAAUCCACGAGAGGUUCAUGUACGGCGAACUCCGCCGAAGCCGACUGAACAAACUUCAGUCUAUACGGUCAAACUUCAGGGAAACCACGUAUGUCCAGCGGUGGUAUCGACACGGAGAGUUCUUCCGCGACAACUUCGCCUGGCUGGCGUCUGCCACCGUGUACAUCGCGAUUAUCUUGACGGCUAUGCAGCUGGGCCUGGCCACGGACGCUCUGGAGGAAAACGCCUUCUUUCACUCCGCUUCGUACGGGUUCACCGUCUUCGCCAUUGUCGGGCCCUUGGCCGCGGCCGGUCUGAUCAUCGCGCGUUACGUGUGUCGCACGGCGGUGCACAUGAUCAGCGCCGAUAGAGCCUAUCGAAACAUUCUAAGAGACGAAGAAAGGGGUUCCCACAGUCGUAGUCAGCACUGUUGA